AUGUCAGAUUCCGAGAUGGACAGAAGUCCAGUGUUAACGAAACGGGCUAGAGAAUCCAGCGUCAAUGAGGAACAGCUGUUACCACAACAAGUCGACCCAAAAGAGCAAGUCAGCUUGAUCAAGCAGUUGCAGGAACAGCAUUUGCAAGACGGCACAACGUGGUGCUUAAUCUCAAAGGCAUGGUAUAAUCGAUGGCAUCAAUACUGCGCUCGUAUGAGCAGCACACAACCUGAAGUCAGGCUCAUUGGCCAAGGAUCCCCUCCAGGUCCCAUCGACAAUCGCACCAUCCUUCAAAAUGGCAGACUUGCGGAAGAUUUAGAGCUGGAUGAAGACGUCUUUGCUGUGCCAGAGGAGGCAUGGAUAGAGUUAGUUGCUUGGUAUGGCUCCAGAGACGACGCAGAACCUAUUCAGAGACUGGUCAUCACCAACGACGACGGAAAGACAGUCGACAUGUAUCCUCCCCAGUUCAAGCUGUAUUUGAUCGAGAGCAGCAGCAGCCAUCCAAGCCAGCUGACGCGUUGUCCUAUCAUCACUCUCUCCCAGAUCAGUACUGUCGCUGAUUUCGUCAAUGCUGUCAAAAAUGCAUUUGAUCUCGCACCCGACACAGACAUGCAAGCAUGGAUCCUCAAGAACGAGCCAGACACUCUAUCUGUACCCAAUGUAUCUGCUCAAGUGGUGAAUCAAGCAACCAGCUGGGAUUUGGAUCAGCAAGACGCAACAUUGACUUUCUCUGGUGCGUCGCUUGUCGCUGUAGAGGUCAAAGAUAAAUCCACAGGUAAAUUCCCAUCUGAUCAGCAACAGCCCACCACCAAAAACAGCGACUCGUCUUCUGUCUCAUCUGCUUCGAGCUUAUUUGCCAAUGGAUUCAACAAUUUGACAACAUCCUCAUCCACCACGUCGCCUCCUCCUCCUCCUCCUCCUCGACACACACGUGGUGUAUGUGGCCUGCAAAACUUGGGCAAUACCUGUUUUAUGAAUUCAGCACUACAAUGCCUCAGCAACACACCUCAAUUGACAAAGUGGUUCUUGGCUGGCAAUUACAAGACAGACCUAAACAGAGACAACCCACUGGGCAUGAAGGGACAAGUGGCAGAGGCCUAUGGCGAGUUGGUACAGCACCUGUGGAGUGGUACAGCUGGCUCAUUUGCACCUCGAGAUUUCAAGUAUACCAUUGGACGCUUCAACUCAUCCUUCAGUGGAUAUCAACAACACGAUACACAGGAAUUACUGGCAUUUUUGCUGGAUGGCCUUCACGAAGAUUUGAAUCGCAUCAUCAAGAAGCCUUACAUUGAGCUACCUGAUUUCGAUGGCAUGAAGGAUGCUGAAAUUGCCCAAAAGAGUUGGGAUUAUCACCGUGCUAGAAAUGACUCUGUGAUUGUCGAUUUGUUCCAGGGCCAAUUCAAAAGUCGAUUGAUUUGUGAAGAGUGCAAAAACGUCUCUGUCACUUUUGAUCCAUUCAUGUAUUUAUCCUUGCCAUUACCAAUCAAGAAAAAGAGCAAGACCAGCAUUGUUUAUGUUCCCUAUGAUCCUUCGCAGCAGUUACAAAAGAUGGUCGUGACCCUGAGCAAAGAAGCCAGCAUUGCCCACUUGCAAAAGGAGGUGGCCAAGAUGAUGUCUGUGGACGAUCCCAAUACUCUGUUGGUGGUUGAACUCUUUAGCCACAAAAUCUACAAGGUGUUCCCUCAAUAUGAACCUGUAGCUACCAUUGGCUCUUCUGAUAUCAUAUACGUCUACCAACUUCCUGGCCCAGUGCCUCCCCUCCCCAAGAAGAAGGCUAGAUAUUCUUACAACCGCUAUAGUCAGUUGGAGGACGAUCAUGAAGUGAGCCAGCCCAUUGAUGAGAAUCAGUUGAUUGUGUUUCCCGUGUACUGUGCCACGGUGACCAAGACUGACACGUAUUCCGGUGAGCGUAUCGACCAAUUCGGCGACCCUAUUAUCCUCGCUGUGCCUCGCAAAGAUGCCAACAAGUUUGAUGUACUCUAUCAUCUGGUAUCAGCCCAUGUGGAACGCUAUACUCAGUUUAAGUUGUUUGAAGAAGUCAAGGAGGAUCAGCAGCAAAGCGUAUCAGACAACGAGUCAUUGGAGAAAGAGUCGCAGACACUUGAAGACAGCGAAAGUUUUGACAAUGAUGAUGAACAGCCUCCUGGUUAUGACACUGUGAUUCAACAAGAGCAGCAAGAGCAAGAACGACAAGAUGAAAUCACGGAAUUGGAGUCUACUACUGUAUUGGAAGGCCAAGAUGACAUGGAUAUUGAUACUGCUGCACCCAACCGCAACAACUUGAUUCAUACAGCUGCUGCUGUCACUGCUGCUGGUGGAAAGAAGAUUGAGCCCAUGAGCAACCUGUUUGCUGUCAAGGUCUUCUCUGCUCCUCGCUCGUACUCUCGUGGUCUUGAGGAACUCUUGCCGAGUGUACAGAGCUGGAAUGGUUUGGUCGAUCUUGCUGAAAGAGUCAAGGCCGAGCAAGAACAGCUCGAAGCGUAUUUAAAGCAACAAGAUGAAUCUUCCUCUGAUGACGAACAAGUUGAAGCACAGGAAAAGGAUACUGACAUGGAAGACUCCAUAAUACUACCUUCUCGCAUAGAAGAUGAGGAUGAAGAUGACCAAGUAGAGGAUGCCGCUGCCUUGUUUUCUGCCAACAACCAACCUGAUGCUGAUGACCGUGAUUCCAUGGACAACGUAUCCUUCCGCUCUGACAACAGCGACCGAUUCUCCUCCAACAGCAACAGGCCAUUAUCCCCUCUGAUUGCGCCAGCACCGCCCUCGCAUUCUGCCCCUCCACCAGUUUUGCCCAAGCGAAAGGUCGCCUGUCCCCCCAGCACCAUCAUUCGACAAGGAGAAGGCAUCCUGUUGGCAUGGACACCCAAGAAGGCACAGCAACUUUUUGGUGCUGCUCGUCACCAUAGCAACGACAGUGGUGUUUGCACAGAUGCUUGGAACGACAUGCAUGAUUUAGGAGAUCCCAACGAUGAGGACAUGACUGCCCAGCAAAAGAAGCAAGUGACCUUGUCUGAUUGUUUGGACGAAUUUACCAAGGAAGAAGAGUUGAGUGAAGAGGAUCUCUGGUACUGUCCCAAGUGUAAGAAGCAUCAGCGUGCUACAAAGAAGUUUGAUUUAUGGCGCAUGCCUGAAAUCAUGGUGGUCCACUUGAAGCGAUUCAGUCAUUCACGUACUUGGAGAGACAAGAUUGACGCUCUGAUCGAUUUCCCCACAUCAGAAUUAGACUUGACGGAUCGUGUGUUGAGCAUUGAGGAUCAUGCCAGUGUCAAGGAUGAAGAUAGGCUUGUGUAUGAUUUGUACGGUGUGGAUAACCAUUAUGGUGGAUUGGGUGGUGGCCAUUACACAAGUUUUGCUCAAAACUUUGAGGAUGGGUAUUGGUACAAUUUCGAUGAUUCGCACGUCAGCAAAGUAGAUGUGAAUGAUGUCAAGACAACAGCAGCCUAUCUUUUGUUUUACAAGCGUAGAAGGCCUUUGAAUGAGGACCCCACGAGAACAGUAGAGGAAAUCCUCAAGGAGGCGCAAGAAAAGCAGCAGGCUGCCGAGUUAAAGGAACAGCUUCAUCAACCAGAUGAGCCCAUUGUCGAAUUUUCAAAUCACAACACUGUAGCAGGUUACUCCUCGUCCGAAGAAGAACAAGAUGAUUAUGCCGAGAUGAACCACCAUGAGCCAGCACAGCCGUCUGACAGCCUUGUCACUGAUGUCACUGAUAUAACACCUUCCUUUAAAAUGCAUCAGCAACAAGACCAGGAGAAGCUAGUGAAAGAUUCAGACAGUGUCAAAUCACACGAUUUGUAA